AUGGAUCCGUGCUCCUUCGUACGGAUCCUCGUCGGAAACCUAGCUAUCAAAUCUCCGGCAUCCUCAAACCCAUCUUUCUCCGGUAAAGUUCACCCUUCCAGCUCUCCAUGCUACUGCAAAAUCAAACUCAGAGGCGUCGAUUCACCACCGUGCCACGUGGCUACCGUUCCUCUAAUAUCGGAAUCGGAAACUCACCCUCACUCUCUCGCCGCUAGCUUCGAUUUCCCCAAAUCGCAACUCUCCAAUAUUAAAAACCCGUCCAUCAAAAUCUCCGUUUACAAGACACGAACAGAUCCUUCAUGCGUUUUCAACUCCUCUAAAUUGUUAGGUCAAAUUUCAAUUCCACUCGAUCUUACCUUAUCGGAAUCACGACAUUGUUCUUUUCAUAACGGUUGGAUUGCUCUAACCAAAAGCAACCGCAAAAAAACCGAUUCUCAAACUCAGCCUCAGUUAUUGCAUUUAACUAUCCGGUCCGAACCAGAUCCGAGAUUCAUUUUCCGGUUCGAUGGUGAACCAGAGUGUAGUCCACAGGUUUUCCAAGUCAAGGGAGAGGUCAAACAACCGGUUUUCACUUGCAAGUUCAGUUUCAGAGAUAGGAACCCGGUUCAGUUUCCUGCUGCUAAUCAAUAUCAUCCUUUGGUAGCGGACCGAAAAGGAUGGUCUAUUACGAUACACGAUUUAUCCGGUUCACCGGUUGCGUGUGCAUCGAUGGUUACUCCGUUUGUUCCUUCACCCGGUUCACAACGGGUCAGUAAAUCUAACCCGGGAGCUUGGCUUAUUAUUCGACCCGAUGGUGAUGGUACAUGGAAGCCAUGGGGUCGGCUCGAGGCUUGGCGUGAGCCAGGUAACUCAAACGGGGUCGGUUACCGUUUCGAUGUUCUUCCGGCCACCGCGGAUCCUGUUACACUCGCCGCGUGUACUAUUAACUCACAGCACGGAGGUAAAUUCACUAUUGAUGUUACUCCCGGUGUUACUCCGGCGAGUACUCCACACGGAAGCUGGGAUCUCGGGUCAGGAACAAGUUCAAGACCUGGAUCUGGAUCCGGUUCGGAUUUCUCAGUAGAGAAUCAGUUUUUCUACAGAGGAUUUGUCAUGUCGGCGAGGUUUGACGGUGAAAAAAAGUGUAGUAAACCGGAGGUGGAGGUUGGUGUGAAGCACGUGACUUGUGCGGAGGAUGCUGCGGCGUUUGUUGCACUUGCAGCUGCCAUGGAUUUGAGCAUGGAUGCGUGCAAAUCAUUCUCUCAGAAACUCCGAAAAGAGUUGCGGCAGUAG